AUGUCGCAGCCUGCCUUCGCGUUCGAUCCAUCACGGCGGCCAUCGCAGGCCGAGAACCAGACCGUACUCAAAUCCGAGAUCCCGCUGAAGGAACGAUUCUUCCGUUACUUCCAACAUGAGAUUACCGCUCUUCAAGAAGAGAUGGACCGUCUGGCAGACACGUCCCUCAUAGGAGGUGAACGGACGGAUGCAACCGAUCAUUGCCUGGCUGGAAUUGCAAGAUUGUCUAAUGAGGUUAAGGAUGCAGCAAGCUAUAUCCCCACCUAUGAUCAACGUGUGUAUGCAGAGGCCAUCAAAGCGCUUCAGGACAAGCUUGCCGAGACACGCUCUGCGUUUGAGCCUCGCCCCAAAUUUACCUUCAAGACAAAGAAGAAUGCAUCGGCUGUCUCGCUAUCAGAUGCGGCCGAACUAGUUGCCCAAGGCCACGGGGGUCUACCCGGCUACCGCUCCCCAGGAGCAUCUUCGGUCGAUUCCUCCGCUGGGCAAACGCCGAAUUACCCAUCUACACCUUUGUACGAACCAGAUUUCCUUCAGUCACAUCGGCCAGAAAUCGCACCGACGUCGGUUCCCGCCUUUUCCUCUGGUAUUAGUGAAACUGAAUCGAAAUCCAAAGGAGACUCCAAUAAGGGUAAGGCUUUCGCGGCCACAGCUGUGUCCUCUGUCUCCGUAAACGAUCAUUAUGGUCUCCAUAUUAUGCUUCCUGCAUCAGGCUCGACAGCGGCUGUACCUGCAUCUAUCACAUCUUUGAACCAUUGCGUCGUUGAUAUGUCCAUACCGACUGCAAACGGCAAGCCGUAUGCCAGUCUCACUGUCAAGGAUGUCAACGAGAGCUUAUUGAUCUGUGGCCAAAUUGACGGGCCAGCGCAUAUAACCGGUGUUAAAAAUAGUGUGAUUGUGGUGUCGUGUCGCCAAUUCCGCAUGCACAACUGUACUGGCGUGGACGUGUACCUGAGCAGCUCCAGCAAUCCAAUCAUUGAAGAUUGCACCAACGUCCGGUUUGGCAGAAUCCCCAGAGCAUAUGCUCUGGACCAUGAUCGCCCGGAUAACGAAGACCGCUGGAGCCAAGUUGAGGACUUCAAAUGGAUCAAGCCGGAACCAAGCCCGAACUGGAGCUUGCUAAGUCCUGAGGAGUCGAUUCCAGAAGAAGUGUGGGCUGAGAUUGUGCCCGGUGGCCCUGGAUGGUCACUCGAAGACAUACUACGCGCAAUCAACAUUGUGAAAGAUUAA